GAUAACUUUGAACAGGUACUGGAUGAGGCUCCAAACAUUCAAAUGGGUGGAAGCUCAAUUGAUGAUGAUUGGGAAUUUGCUUCCCCUUCCAAUGGUGUUCAGAACAAUGGGAAUGGCAAAAGUGCAACAGGCAACAGCAUCCUCGGAAGAAAAGCAUUUAAGUCAAGGGCUAGCUCAGCUGGUGUCACAAAGUACUUGUGAGCUGCAGAAAACUGUAUUGAAAGAUGGACAGAUUCUUAAUGUUGUGGACACUCCUGAAAUUCUUCCUUUUUUCUUCUUCUUAUCCUUCUUCUUCUUUAGGGUGACGGGAAAAGUGAGAAACUGUGAAGUUGAUGAUUAUUUGAUUUUUCUGCUGAGUCUGAAUUUUAUUGGCAAAGAAAUUGGUCAAAUGCAUCAAUAUGGCCAAGGAUGGUAUCCAUGCGGUUCUUGUAGUUUUCUCAGUCAGGACCCGUUUUUUCAAAAGAAGAAGAGGCUGCCCUUCAUAGCUUGCAAACUUUGUUCGGCAAAAAAAAUUAAUGAUUACAUGAUUGUUGUAUUUACUGGUGGGGAUGAACUUGAAGAAAUGAAGAAGAAACAU